AUGAAUGGUGGCAAGCUUGGACCACAAAUGUGUACACUAACAAUAAAUAUAGGAGUGUGUAUUGAGCUGAAAAUGUCUCUAAUACAAUGUGGAAGCACAUGCGUUGCUCAAGUUGCAGCGACAGCUUAUUGUCCGAGCAGAGUCGACUCAACCGGACAAAAAGUUUCCAUGAGCCAAAUAGAUUGCAUGGGAGCUUCAAGGUCGAGUAUGUUCUCACACGGGUCCUUACCCUUCUUGUCCAUGGCCGGAAUGUCAAGAAAUAUGCAGAACCGCAGAGGAUCUCGCUUCACCGUUAGAGCUGAUGCAGUUUACUAUUCGGUCCUCGGAGUUUCGAAAUAUGCGACCUUAUCUGAGGUUAAAAGCGCAUAUCGGAAACUGGCUUUGAGUUACCAUCCAGAUGUGAACAAGGAUCCUGGUGCAGAGGAGAAGUUCAUAGAAAUAAGUAAUGCAUAUGAGGUCUUAUCAGAUGAAAUGAAAUCUCUUUACGCCAAGUAUGAAGUUGAAGGCAUGAGGGCGCGUUGUAAAGACACAGAGCUCGAGUUUUAUUCUUUAAAGACUCUUAGAGCCAAAUGCACCAAGUGUUUGCAUCAGCAAGAACUCCUCUCGAGGCGAACCAACAAAGUGAGAGGAGAAGGCAAUGCCGGGAAAAGAGGCGGCUCACCGGGUACCGGCAGUGACACAACCGAGCACGACUCUGGUGAUGGCGAAAAAGGAAAACAUGGGAGCGAAAUCGUCUUCUUCGAUCUAGAAACAACAGUUCCGAACAAACCGGGACAACGUUUUCACAUCCUGGAGUUUGGAUCAAUACUUGUAUGUCCAAGAAAACUCGUGGAACUCGAGAGCUUCACCACGCUUAUACGUCCCAAGGACUUAACCGUUGUCUCGUUGAGGUCUUCUAGGUCAGAUGGGAUCACGAGAGAUGCAGUCACGGACGCACCAUGUUUCGAGGACGUGGCUGAUAAGAUCUAUGGCGUGUUGAACGGUCGAAUAUGGGCGGGUCAUAACAUUCGGAGAUUCGACUGUGUUCGAAUCAAAGAUGCUUUCGCUGAGAUCGGAAAGCCUGCGCCUGAGCCGGCGGCGAUCAUUGAUUCUCUUGGGGUUUUAACCGCAAAGUUUGGCAAACGAGCUGGUAACAUGAAGAUGGCAAGUUUGGCUUCGUAUUUUGGUCUUGGAGUGCAAAAGCACAGGAGUCUGGAUGAUGUUAGGAUGAACUUAGAGGUGCUCAAGCAUUGCGCAACAGUCCUUUUCUUGGAAUCUACUCUUCCAAAUGAUUUGAAAGGAAAAUGGCAAAACCCUUCAACGAUAAUGACAAGAAGUAGAAGUCAAUAUAAGUCUCCUCCAAAUCCAACUACAAAUUGUGUUCAUAGUUACCGAAGCCAGAGGACAACGCCUUACAUAAAAGGUGGUACUCUUGGAAAGAUUGUGACUCGGAAUGUCAAGAAUUUGUUAUGUAAAGCUCAAAGCAGCCAACCUCUCCAGACCUUGUUUAAACACUCGCAUUCUUUGCUUAGAUGAUCACAUUCAUUAUUGUAAUUUUUAAUGAGUAUUAAAUUUCUUUGCUUAAUCUAAAUUGGGGAUCGAUUUGUAAUGGAUGUGCAAGUAUUUUCAGAUUUAGAAUAUGAUUGGUUUUUUUUUUUUGGUCAACUUUUUAUAUGAUUGGUAUAUUAUGUAUAUUUUUAUUAUUAUCAUUAUAACCAAACUUUUUGAAUAACAA